AUGUCUUCGACUUCAAACAUGUGUAAUUACUUUGUGAAAGUUGAUAAGCCUCAUAAGGGUGGUUGUUGUAAAUUAUUUAAUGUUGUCGUAAGAACUAGUGGAAAUACAACCAACUUAAAACAGCACAUAAAGCGCAAGCACCCCUCAUUAAAUACCUCAAAAAAUGCUAAAUGUUCUAAAUCAAACACCAUUGUUUACACUUCAGUUGAAGACGAUGAAGCCGAUUCUCUAUUUGUUCAGUCCGUGUCUGGUGCUCAAACCACCUUGGAUACAGUGGUUUCUCAGUCUCGACCAGAAUCUUCAUGUUCCCUACAUUCUGAUUAUGACUCGUUGAUAUCAAAAACGAGCGAUACAUUGUCUGUGGUAUCAAAUCUAACUACUGCAAGCAGAUCGUCAACGAGCACGAGUUUGAAAUUAAUACAACCAACAAUCUAUCAAUCAAUUAGUGAAUUCAGAUCAUAUGAAAGUGGAGGCACAAAAAAUGUAACCAUCACAAAUGCAUUGAUUUAUAUGUUGGCGAAAGACAACAUGCCGCUUUCUUCCACUGAAAAAGAUGGUUUCAACUACUUCAUCAAAAAAGCUCUGCCAUUGUAUAAAGCACCAUCAAGAAAGACAAUAACUAAACUUAUUAGUUCCAAGUACGAUGUAUUAUCGGGUCAAAUAAAAAAUAAAUUAUCUUUGGUGGAAAGUAUCACACUUACUACAGACUUAUGGACAGAUACUAUCAAUACCAAAAGUUAUCUUGGUAUUACAGUUCAUUUUCUAAGUUUGUGCAAAUUAAAUUUAGAAAGUGUGGUACUUGGAGUGUUAGAACUUGAUGAGCGUCAUACAUCUGAAAAUAUUGCCAAGUGGCUGGACAGUGCUCUUCAGGAAUGGGGUAUUGAAAAACGUCAAAUUUUUUUGGUCGUAACUGAGAAUGGUGCUAAUAUUAAAAACGCUGUGAGCGUGUGUUUUGAUAAGGAUAAACAUUUGCCAUGCUUCGCACAUACGAUAAAUCUUGUAGUACAAAACGCAUUGGACAACACUGACAAUAUUGCUACAUUAAUAAAUAAGCAAUCAGUUUCAACAAGGUGGAAUUCUGUGUACUAUAUGUUAGACAGGUUUAUUAAUUGUUCUGACCAUGUAGCAUCUAUUAUCGUGAAGUUCCCUAAAGGUCCUACCAUGAUAACUGGUUCUGAGCUGUUUAUUGCUAAAGAAAUCAUGCAUCUACUAAAACCUUUCGAAGCUGCUACGAAAGAAUUAUGUGCCCAAAAAUAUAUAACAGGUAGUAAAACUAUCCCAUUGAUGCAUUGCUUGAUAAAAAAAAUUGAAUCAGUAGAAGUGAAUGGUGUUGUUGCUUCGGCUUUAAAAUCGAAUUUAAGUAACAAUUUACAAACCAGAUUUGGUAGAGUAGAGCAUGUGGAAAUUCUUUCCAUAGCCACAAUUCUUGAUCCCCGUUUUAAAACCUUACAUUCCAAUAGUGCAGUGGCUUCUUCAAAAUCCAUCAAUGCAAUUAAAAAAAAAAUUUUAGAACUUAGAACAGACUCCAGUGAAACCAGUUCACAUAAUGAAAGUUCUUCUGAAGAUGACCCUGAUAGCUUAUGGGCAGUACAUAAACAGUUAGUGUCAAAAAAAGCCUUAACUGAACCAAGCUUAAAUGUCAACGAAAUGCCUACAGAUCUUAAGCAUUACUUAAACCAACCGACAGUGCCAUUAACUGAUAAUGUUUUAAGUUUUUGGGAUAUUCAUGGACCCAUUUAUCCUCAUUUAAAAAAAAUUGUAGAUCCUUAUUUAGGAAUGGUAGCUACUUCUGUACCUUCGGAGCGUCUUUUUUCUUAA